ACGUCACGCGCGCGUCGAACUCCAGAGAAGCCGGUUGUUCAUUGGCCGCGCCGCGGAAACCCCGCUCUCCCCACAUCGACGCUAACAAAAGGUUGGCAGCGCUGCGACAACACACGCACACGAUCGUUGUGCCCGCGCGCGCACCGACACCGACACUGCCUCCGCCUCCACCAUCAUCAUAAUCAUCGUCGCCCCCACCCCGUCGUUACCGUCCUUUGACCGGUCUCACCCCGCUCAGCCCCUCGCCGUGAUCGCAGCGACGUCACUCCACUACGACUACGGCUGUUCAUCGCGCUCGCUGUGUGGCGCGGUUACGUUCAGUUUCCGUGUGUACGUGCCCGUGUACGCGUUCUUGAUGAUCGCUCUGUGUGUUUUCGCGCGUACGGAUUAUCAUUAUUAUUAGUUUUGUGUUCGAUUUGGUUUUGUUUUUUCGUGUUUUUUUUUCUUUUACAAAUACAUUUGGUCAUAUGGAUUUUGAUCGUAUGACGUUAAAUCAAAAAAUAUUAUUCAACAACGACACGACGACAACGCCGAGUGUUCUGUACUGGUAAAUAAUAGCUGUCGGCUAUUACUGACACCACGCGUACUCGUCCUCCCAACAAAUCCGUAACCAUGCAGAUGGGUAAGCGACAACACUGUUACCUGUGCGACUUGCCUCGCAUGCCGUGGGCAAUGUUGCACGAUUUCACUGAACCAGUGUGCCGUGGAUGCGUCAACUACGAGGGUGCCGACCGCAUUGAGCUGGUAAUUGAGACAGCCAGGCAAAUGAAACGGGCCCAUGGGUUCCAGGAAUCGGCCCGGUCCACGUCCGUGGGUGGCGGGUCCAACGCCGUCAACGCACAUCACCCGAAAAAUUCACAUCGACACGAAAACGGCACCCUAGAAGUGGUCGGAUUGCCGCCGCAAGCCCACCAGUUGGCCGCGCGACAGACGCAACAACCUCCACCGCCCCCGCCACCAGCCGCGGCCACGUCGCACUAUGCGGCCCUGCACCAUCAGCGAUCCACGCUCAUGGAAUAUCCCGGUAGGCCGGGUGGCGGUCACGUCGACCACGAGGUGGCCAUGAGCCGGACGUCGGUGCGUUUGUCUCAAAGCCAGCAGCAGCAACAACAGCAGCAACAGCAACAGCAGCAACAACAGCAGCAACACAUGGCGCAUCACAUUCCGAGUCGGGCUCAAGCCGGUGGACAGGGCCUGAAACGCGGGCUAAGUACGCAAGCCGAUGACGACGAUCACCACUCGGAAAGCAAUAAGCGCAUGAUGGAAGAGCAGCAGCAGCAGCGACCGCCGCUGCAGAGGGGCGAAUCGCUGCCGGCCGUCAGUCUCGCAGUGCCGUUCGUCGAGCGGUCGUUCAAAACCGAACCCAAACACCCGAUCAGGACCACAUCGUUUGACACGUCCACGUUCAAAACGUCCAGUGGAUAUGCAUCGGCCGCCGUGGCACAACAGUGCAUGACCAACGGCAACGGACCGGUGGCUGGAUCGCCGCUGGCCGCCGGCCGGACGACCGGGUCACCAACGGACGGACCGCCGUCCAUGCAAACGAUCGGUGCCGGCGGUGGCGGGCAGCCCGGUGCGCAGAACCAGCAGAACGGGCCCAGCAACCCGAUGGCGGCGCUGAUGAGCGUCGCCGAUAACCUGCCGCCCGGUUCUCCGCAGAGCGCCCGUGGCAGCCCCCCCGGCUCCGCCGGUCCCACCGCCCAGGCACCCGGUGGUCCCAGGUCCGCAUCCCGAGGAUCUCAACACUCGCCAAACUCCACCGGCGGUUCGUCCAGCGGACGUAGAUCAUCUGGAAGUCGUCAUGUCAGCUCCACAACUGUAACGUCGAGCGAAGCCAACGGCGGCGGCGCCCCCGGCGCGGGUGUGCCAGGCGUCAACGGUCCUAGUGUCAACGGCCCCGGUGGCGUCGGCGGUCCAGCCGCGAACGGCACUGGUGGAGGCAGUGCGCUAAAUGCGUCUGUUCCGGUCGGUGGCGGUCCUGACGGCGUUGCGCCCGGCACCCCUAUGGAUGCCGCCGCGCCGACGUUACCGCAAGUGCCGCCUUCCGUGCCGCUGACGAAUGCGUCGGCGGCGGCGGCUGCGGCAGCGGCAGCCGCCAACACGGCCACGCUUAAGUGUACGUUGUGCCAAGAACGUUUGGAAGACACACACUUUGUCCAGUGUCCGUCCGUUCCCCAUCACAAGUUCUGUUUCCCGUGCUCGAGAGAUAGCAUCAAGCGACAGGGGGCUGGCUCAGAGGUGUAUUGUCCGAGUGGCGAGAAAUGCCCGCUGGCAAAUUCAAAUGUGCCCUGGGCUUUCAUGCAAGGCGAGAUAGCCACGAUACUGGGUGAAGAAUUCAAAGUGAAAAAAGAACGAGACUCAUAAAUCAUAUUAUUAUUAUUAUUUUUAUUUUUAUUUUCAUUAUGUCAUAUUAUAUACUGUAAAUGUGUUUCACAUAAACAUAUGUUAUAUGAAACUUCACCACCUACGGAUCCUAUCAGAUUAUCAGACUUUAUAGGCCUGGAAGGAUCGAGGCCUCGAGUGUAAAAUAUGCAUUUAUUUAUUAAGCCCACUGUAUAUUAUAUUAUGUAUAAAAUAAUUUUAUUACGUUACGUGAAAAUGCCAAUAGUUAUUACUGCGGUAUUGUACGUCCCUGUAGGGGCAGUCCUUUAUUUUUACUUUUUAGGCGAAAUUUAGAAUAAUUUUAGCCUUGUUAUGUUCUUGUUUCCCUGCCGUUUUCCUUCGAAAUCUCGUCGUCGGCUCAUUCGUCGGCGACGGGACAUGAAAAGGAGACGAAAGAAAGCAAUCUUUGGCGUCAAGACUGAGUCAAGUCGUGUUUUUAUUUUAUAUUUUUUAAGUAAAACAAUUUUUAAGAAAAACGGUCCUAAGACUGUGCUAGUCAAGCAAGUAUAUGUAUAAUAUAUAUAAAUCUUAAGUGCACAAAAUGUAUAUUAUUGUUUUGUAGCUUUAAAUUAUGUACCCUGUAAUUAAUAUUUAGGCCGGUAGCGUUGAAACUACGUUUGACAUUAAUGUUUUCGAACGGAGAUCAUUUGUAAAGGAACUCACAAUCUCGCUUGUUUGCAUCUCGUGCGUGUACAUAUUUUGUCAAAAAUAUUAUCGUACUAGAUUUUGUGGUUUCUCUCCCACCCGCCGCCUCUUCCCUAAUGUGUUUUAAUAAAAAAAAAAUGAUAAUAAUAAAAAAUACAAAUUGGUAAUCAUUGGA